UCAUCGUUUCCCUUCCCACUUGGCCCCGCCCACUUGUUCAUCCACUCACUAUAUUUUUUCUGCAUUCCUCCUCGCGCUGUUGCCUCUAACCAACAUCUCACUGCUUCUCACCCCCCGCAUCCGACUCUGAUGUUCUCCAGGAUCCUCGACUUGGUGAGGGCCGAUCCCGGGAACAGCGACCGGCAUCCUGCCAGUUCGCCUCCCCAGACCAUCGAGAACGCCCCAGAGGCCUCGGCCUCAAGAGGGCGAGACCUGGCCAACGAAAUGAAGCGCGCAUCCGUCACUGACUCGGCUUUUGUCAUCGAGGAGCUCACCAGGAUCGAUUUUCUCAAGCAGCUCCCGUUCGAGCUGUCGCUGCAUAUCCUCUCACAACUCAACGAUGUAAAAACCCUCGCCAAAGCCUCGCAGGUGUCUAGGCUCUGGUACAGCCUCGCAAACGACCGCGACAUUUGGCGCCGAUUCUACCUCAACCAGUGGAGAGGGCGCUGGACGCUGCCGGCCGUACGUCCAGAAUAUUGCCCCGCCAUCUCUGCCAUUAAUACGCCUCGCCAAUCGAUCGACCAGAUCAGCGGGCGGCCCCAGCCACACGGCGAGCACCCUGGCUCGGUAUCUGGCUCGGCUCGCAGCCUCGAGUCGGGCCCCGAAACUCGCCUGCAGAGCCUCAACAACAGCACGCACUCGGUUCAGAGCAUUUCCAACGGCCAGCAGUCCGAUCCAGCCGAGCCUCAUCCGCCCCCGAAACCUCGAGACUGGAAGUACCUGCAUCGACAGCGACUGCUCCUCGAGACAAACUGGAGGACCGGCAAGAUCCGACAAAAGAAGCUCGAGGGCCACAGCGACUCGGUUUACUGCAUCCAAUUCGACCGCAACUACAUCAUCUCCGGCUCGCGAGACCGGACAGUGCGAUUUUGGGACAUCAAGAAAGCAAAGUGCGUGCGCACGCUCCACGGCCACGACGGAUCAGUCCUUUGUCUGCAGUACGACUCGCGGUACAUUGUCACAGGCUCGUCGGACCACUCCAUCAUCAUCUGGGAAUUCCCGACGGGCAAGUUGUUGAAACGCCUGAGCGGACACACGCUGCCUGUCCUGGAUGUCCGCUUCAACUCGGAAGUGAUUGUUUCGUGCUCCAAAGACCAUCUGAUCAAGGUCUGGGACCUGCAUACAGGCGCCUUGCUGCGUGUGCUCGAAGGCCACGUGGCUGCCGUCAACGCCAUUCAUCUUUUUGGGAACCUUCUUGCGUCGGCCUCGGGCGAUGCAAUCGUAAAACUCUGGGACGUCAACACGGGCAAGCUCCUGCGCGAUUUUCGAGAGCACGCGCGCGGCCUGGCCUGCGUGCACUUUGAUGGCAGGUACAUUGCCUCCGGCAGCAACGAUAAAUCGAUCAAGAUCUGGAACGCGCAUACGGGCCAGUUGAUCCGGACCCUGUCCAAGCACACCGAUCUCGUCCGGACCCUCUGUUUUGAUCAAGAUCGCAUCGUGAGCGGCAGCUACGACCAGUCGAUCAAGGUCUGGGACUUCAAGACCGGCCACAUCCUGGUGGACUUGAAGGACGUGCACUCCAGCUGGGUUUUCCACGUGCAGAUGGACAACACCAAGAUCGUCAGCGCCAGCCAGGACAAGAGCAUCUGUAUCCUGGAUUUUACCGAGGGUGUGGAUGCCAUCGAUGAGCUGGAGCAAGUUGCUCUCGAAGAAUGCGAGCUGAUGCAAAGAGUCCACGAGCACGACUAUCAAGUGCUCAGCAGCGGCGGAGCCACCGUUUAGAUUCCGAAGCGCCGGACCGCACGCUUUGACCUCGUGGAUUGUACUGCGCUGCUCAAGACUCUGUCUGUCGUAAGCCGCGACACGAUAUUCAACCGCUCUCGG